UAUACCAUUGAAGAAGAAGAAAUAGAAGAAGAAGUUGUCCUGGUCCGUGGAACGAAGAUGGCCGCUGAAAACGAUGUGCUGUCUGAGAUUGAGGUUCUCCAGUCCAUCUAUCUGGAAGAGCUGCAGACUAACAAGAGAGAUGACGGGGGAUGGGAGGUGAGCCUGGUUCUAUACCCCUCCACGGGUGAAGAUUCCCUCUCUCAGUUUGUGCGACUCACCCUAACUUUGACUCUCGACUUGCAGUAUCCCUCCUCUCCUCCCUCCAUUUCCAUCCACAACCCUCGGGGUCUUUCUGAUGACAAGCUGUGCAGUGUGCAGAAAUGUCUGCAGACAGAGGCGGAGUCCUGCCUGGGUUCCCCUGUGUUGUACCAGCUCAUUGAGAAAGCCAAAGAGAUCCUGACGGAGAGUAAUAUUCCACAUGGGAACUGCGUCAUCUGCCUUUACGGAUUCAAGGAUGGGGAGGCGUUCACCAAGACCAGAUGCUACCACUACUUCCACUCCCACUGCCUAGGCCGCUACAUCACCCACUCUGAGACUGAACUCCAGGAGAGGGAGAAGGAGCUGGAGCAGGACAAGACACGGGAGAGGACCGACGAUGAGGAGCUAACGGUUGUGUGUCCCGUGUGUAGAGAACCUCUGACUUACAACGUUGACCAGCUCCUGUCUAAUCCCGCCCCUAGCUUUCCAAAGCUGGAGGGAGCGGUGAUAGGGGUGGCGUUCCGGCAGAAGUGGGCUGAGCUCCAGAACCUUUUGGAGCGUCAGAAAGCAAAAGGUGGGAUUAUCGACACAGAGGCGGAGUCUAACCGCUUCCUCAUACACAUUAAUGAGCCGCCUCCCAACUCAGACAUCAGCGCUGACGGGGAUGCCUCUCUCAGCCAAUCACUGCCCUCCCUUCCCCCUGCCUCCACCAAUCAGAUCACAGCACCACAGCUGCAGCACGCUGGCCACUCGCAUCGCAGGGGAGGGCCAGGUCACCAGUGCCAUCACCAGGGGCCGCAGGGCCACUUCAGGGGCCCCAGGAGGAGAGGGAGAGGCAGGCCCCACACCCACCCAGGGAGACCUGUCCCCCCCACUGACCAUCUGGACAAACUCUCUCUGUCCUCAGAGAAACAUGACAACUUCCACAGUGCUCCUCCUGCCAACUCUCAUGACGCACCAAACAAAGCCAGACUUCAGGAGAACUCUAGCCACCCAGAACUGGGACAAGCACAGUUAAGCCAAUUGGAGAAGGAAGAAGGGGAGGGACGUACAGAGCUAGGCCAACAAGAGGCUCCAGUUCCUAAAGACGGUCAGCCAAUAAGGAAAUCAAGCCUGGACACCUCUAAAACGGACAUCCCACCUAGCAAUGACAUGGAAAUGGAGGCUGGGCUAGGCCAUAGGGAGAGGGGAAGGAGGAGGGGCCCUCGCGGUUCAGCGCAACAGCCUGACCAAAGGCAGGAGAGGCAUUUCAGAGGAACGGACCAAUGGGAUGCUCGGGGGGGCGGGUACCAUCGCUACUGGAACGGGCGAGGUCAGCGAAGCAGGGGAGGUGUCAACUACCCCCGUAGCAGAGAAGGUGGGGCUCACAUGGCUGGUGGGAGGGGCUUCCAUCAGAGAGUGGGAGAGGGAGAGGUGGGGAGAGAGGGUGCUGCUCUAUGACAAAGGGACAAAGGAGGAACUAAGAACAACUAUGUCUGCACCUCCAUUUACAUUCUCGACACAGCUAAAAUAAAGCUUUGCACUGUCUGGCACCUAAGUGAA